AUGAGUAAACAACAUUUAGUUAUUGAUAAUGGAUCGUAUAAUAUAAAAGCAGGUUUUAACACUGGUGAAGAAUCAAAACCAAUAAAAGUACCAAAUAUAAUAUCAAAAACAAAAGAUGGUCAUAUACAUAUAGGAAAUCAAUAUGAAAAACAUACAAAUAAUUAUUCUCAAAUACAAUUUAAAUCACCAUUUGAACAAGGCCAUUUAACUUCAUGGGAGACAGAAAAACCAAUAUGGGAUUAUACAUUUGAUUUAACAAGUAAAAAAGAAAUUGAUCCAUCUUCUACUCAUUUAAUACUCACGGAAACUCCAUUUCAAUUACCUCAGUUAUCUAUCAAUACUGAUCAAAUUGUUUUUGAAGAAUAUGGAUUUAAUGAAUACUAUAGAUGUGCUCCUGCUUCUUUAGUUCCAUUUAGUAUUGACUCAAGUGUGAUAAAUUUUGAUUUUAAUUUGAUUAUAGACUCAGGUCAUAAUUUUACUUGGAUUAUACCGGUGAUUUAUCAAAAUAUAUACUGGGCCGGGGUGAAAAAAUUACCAAUUGGAGGCAAAGUGCUUAAUAAUUUAUUAAAGGAAUUUGUCAAUUUCAGACAUUAUGAUAUUUCAGAUGAUCCAAUACUAGUCAAUACAAUCAAAGAAUCUACAUGUUUUAUGGCUGAUGAUUUUAAUCAAACUUUGAAAAAAAAAUUAAAUAAUGGUUGUGAAUUUAUACUACCAGAUUUUAAAAUAACAACAACGGGUUUUGUUAAAACUACAGAAACAAUACCACCAGAUGCACAAGUUUUGAAAUUAUAUGAUGAGAGGUUUAUUGUACCUGAAACUUUUUAUCAUCCUGAGAUACUUUUUGAUAACAAUUCAACAACUUCAUCAAAUCAACUAGUACAAUCAGCACCGUUCAAAAAUUUAAUAGAUCUUAUUAAAGAAUCAAUCUAUGCAUGUCCAGAAAUUACAAGACCUUUAUUACUGGCUAAUAUUUGUCUCGUUGGUGGUACCACAAAUAUAUUAAAUUUUCAACCAAGAUUAUUAAGCGAGCUACAAAAAGAAUUACCACUGAAUUGGAAAGUAAGGAUAUUUGAUAACUACAAUGAUAUUCCAAAAGAUGAAAUGCAAUGGUAUGGAGGUAUAAAUUUAUCAAAUGAAGAUGUGCUUAAAGAUAUCACAAUUUCAAAAAAAGAAUAUUUUGAACAUGGUUCAAAUUGGUGUCAGAAACAAUUUGGAUUCAAAAAUAUCACAUAG